AUGGCUUCCGCCACCAUCCCACAGAUUGACCAGAACAUUCAUUUUCUGCCGUCUUUUACUCUGGAAUGCGGGACAGAGCUUAAAAGCGUGCCUGUCGCGUACAAAACUUGGGGUCGACUGAACGAGACAAAAGAUAAUGUUAUGGUUAUCUGCCAUGCACUCACUGGAAGUGCCGAUGUCGAAGACUGGUGGGGCCCACUCAUGGGUCGAAACAAGGCAUUUGACCCCAGCCGUUUUUUCAUUUUUUGUGCAAACACACUGGGCUCGCCCUAUGGUUCUGCGUCGCCCAUUACAACAAAUCCAGAUACUGGCAAGCCUUACGGCCCGACCUUCCCUCCUACUUCGAUUCGAGACGACGUAAAGAUUCACCAACAUGUGCUUCGUACACAUCUUGGCGUGCGAAGAGUCGCCGUAGUUAUCGGUGGUUCAAUGGGCGGAAUGGCGACACUCGAAUGGCCGCUCAUUGCUCCAGGCUUUGUACAGAGAAUCGUUGUUCUAGCGACAUCUGCUCGACACUCUGCUUGGUGCAUUGCAUGGGGAGAAAGUCAGCGACAGAGCAUCUAUAGCGAUCCCGCUUAUAAAGGAGGAUACUACGAGGUCGAACAACAACCUCGAAACGGACUUGCUGCUGCCCGUAUGACAGCGUUGCUAACAUAUAGGUCCAGAGAUUCUUUCGAACGGAGAUUUGGCAGGAAAGUCCAAGCGCAACACCCACCAUCCCCUCGUCUUGAUGACAACGCAGUCCUCAUGACCCCCCCUGCUUCCCCUCCUCUCGAAGCGGUCGAUUUGCAUAAUGACGGACACAGAGCCCAUACUCUCGACUCGCCACCUACUCGACCUCCCAUAUUCUCCGCUCAAUCCUAUUUGCGAUAUCAGGGCGACAAGUUCAUUGCCCGCUUUGACGCCAAUUGCUACAUCCACAUCACUCGGAAGAUGGAUACACACGACCUUGCCAGGGGUAGAGUUACGGAGGAGGCUCAACCAGAAGAAGCGCUGGUCCAGACACUCUCACGACUGCCUAGUCGAGCGCUCGUAAUCUCUAUUCAGUCUGACGGACUGUUCACACCUCCCGAGCAAGCACUUCUUGCGACACAUAUUCCUGAUUCGGAAUUGGUCGUGAUCCCAAGCGGGGAGGGUCAUGAUGGGUUUUUGGUGGAAUUUGAAGAGAUCAACCACUGUGUGUUGGGGUACCUUCAGAGAGAACUGGCAGAUAUGUAUUCGGGUCCCGUGGAAGAAGUUGAAGGAGAAGAUGACUUUGCGGUGAAGAAAGAAAGCGUGUUCGGGGAGGCAGAAGUUGAUUUGACACGGUGGUAG